UCUGUCCUGACUCCACCAUCUCUAUCUAAUUUUAAAUUUCGAAAACAAAAACAAUAAAUAUAUUUGGAACUCGAACAACAUUUCUUGAAAUAUGAACUUCUCCUCCUCCUAUCUUUAAAAAUAAGUAUAGUCAUAGGUUUGGGUGGUGCUUAGCUUUAAAAAAAGAAACAGCAAGAUGGAGUAUGUAGAAGCAUUCCUCACUGAUUUCUCCGUCGAUGACCUUCUUGACUUCUCUAACACGGACGCUUUCGUAAGAGAAAAGUCGUCACCAAGAGAAGAAAAACGUGAGAGAGCUAACAGCUCUUCCGACCAAAUUACGCUUCUUCAUUCACCGCUGGAAGAUGUCUUAUCUCUUCCCGGCUCUGACUCUAAGCUCAACGUUCCAGUUGGUGAUUUGGAAGACCUAGAGUGGCUGUCCAAUUUCGUGGAUGAUUCUUAUCUUUACAGUGAAUUUCCGGUGAAUCCAGUUGCGUCGAUGGAGGUUCAUGAGAGGCAGUACGUUCCCGUUAAACCCCGAAGCAAACGACGUCGUACCAAUGGUCAUAUUUGGUCCCUGGAGUCACCGUAUUCCUCCUCACUGUACACCACCGGGAAGAAGAAGAGAGGUAGACCAAAGGCAGAGAGGGAUGGUGUCCUGCACCAGCAGCAAAGGCGGUGCUGCAGCCACUGUGGGGUCAUGAAAACGCCUCAGUGGAGGAUGGGACCAUUAGGUGCGAAGACGCUGUGUAAUGCUUGUGGGGUCCGGUUUAAGUCGGGUCGACUUUUACCCGAGUAUAGACCCGCUUGUAGCCCGACGUUCUCAACUGAGAUUCACUCUAACUCCCACAGGAAAGUGUUGGAGCUACGGCUGAUGAAAGCGGCGGAUCAGGGUUCAUAUGCAUAAUGACUAGUUUCAUGUCGUUGAUUCAUAUGCAUAAUGUUAUAAUAUUUUUAGACAGACUACACCAGUAAGUUAUGAUAAGAUAAUCAGAGAGAUCGUAGGUUGUUAUUCAUGAAUUUGAGCUAUGACUAGAGUUAUUGAACUUGUGAUUUAGAAAACUAUGGUCGUUAGGAAUUAAUUGGGUCCGUAUCAAAUACUUGCCCGGGUUAUGUUUACUUGGGAACUUUUU